AUGUCUCCAUCACGAGCUCCUCAAGACAUUCAACCUGUCACACCAACUCCCCUGUCCGGCAGAAAAAUGGCAACACGAUUGACACCUUCGAGUUCUCUGAAGUUGAACGAACAGGUGUCGACCAGAGUCAUCGACAGCGGACAUGAAGAAACCGACGAGGACCCAUCGCCUCAUACCCAGCCUCCCGCCUCAACUCCCUACACCGAGCCAGAGUCUGAAGUCCAGUACAUGAGUGACGACGAUCUCAUCGAGGAGAAUUACCGCGGGACUCAGGGAUACUCCAAGCUAACAGCUACUGAGAGAAGAGUUUGGGAGACCGAUCGAGCAAAGCUUCUGUGCAGAGAGGGUCACGCAAAACAUUUCGAGUGUUCAAUACACCUACUGGGUGAAGCUCCGUGUUCUACGCUCCAAGGUUACCUCCCAUCAAGAAUGGCAGCUCGUCCUGUUGUCUCCUGCUUCUUCGGUCACAACAAGAAUGAGUGGAACCAGAUCAACAAAUCUGUACGCUUGUUCCUGUGCAGAAAGUGCUAUCAGCGUCGUGGACACAAGCUCGGAUCGCAUCUUGCCUCCAUACAGCUCCCGUUCUGUCGUGAGAUGGUUGAGAGACUGAAGAUCUGGCGACCUGAUUGUCUCUUCACAAUCAAACUUACCAAAGCUAUGGUAGAAAAGGUCCAGAGGUUCGAAAAGGUUGUCGCCGUCGAGGGCUCAGUCAGACAAGAGGCUGCCGCAGAGGUCGAUUCCGACGAUCCCGAGAGUCGAGGUGCCAAUAUCAGAAGAGCCAACCACACACCCGUACUCGUCGCUAUCGAGCUCGAGAAUCGCUUCGGCGGAAGGAACAAGACAGCAGAAGAGCUCAGCGCCCUCUUCGACUGGCUCGAAUCGAAGAUGGUCGAUGGUACUAUUGAGGAUAUCCCAGCAUUUGAGGCUCUCCUCAACAUUAGUCCAGAGAACGAGGAACAGCUACAUACUCAGCAAAAGCGUCGCGCUACGUUGAAGGACUCACUGCACAUAAAAUUGGCAGCAAAGCGCCAAUCUCGCAAAGGUAUACCGGUAUCAGCCUCUACUCAGAGAACUACCGAGCCGGAAGUAACUACCACGCUUAAUCCUCCUCAGGUGGUGUCAGUCGCAAAAUUCCCUGCUGCGCCUACCUUCAGAGCUAUCAACGCCAAACCUUCCACAGCUUCUCAAUCUGAAGUUUCGGUAGCUUCUGGAGUCUCUGCGUCUGGUCUGGAAUUGCUAUGUGCUGCAGCUGACCUGGCUACCGCUGAUCAGUCACAAGCUGGCCCGAUCGUUGAUGUCGCUCACGGCGAUCCUUUCGUCUCACGACCUCUUCCUGUUGCUACCAGGAUCAUGCUCAAGUUCAACAAAGGCAAGGCUCCCGCCGAAGCCGGACCUGCCACCGAAGAUUCGCAGCCGCACACACUAAAGAAGAGAAAGCGUGUCAAUGCUUCGACACGCGAAGACGAUGCCGAGGAAGAGGGAGUUGUGGCCAUCGAAAGAGUCAAACGUGUCAAACCCAUCACUGGCACUCAGGUCGAGAAGGACUUCCCUGUUGACGCUCCGGAAGACGUACAAAUGUCUGGUACUCUGAGCGAUAUGACUCCGCAGCUGUCAGGAGCCGUUGAAGGUCAUCAAAUUGAUAUCAAGAACGGAAGCUCGACGUUGGCAACUUUGAGAUUCGAGGGUACGAAAGUCGUCAUCGACUUUGCCCCUUCCUCUUGA